AUGCGACUGCUGCUCUUCUCUUUGGUACCAGCGCAAAUUUUGGCGCAACCGCCUGGCUGGGCAGUCGGCUGGGGUGGUCUGGACCCGGCAAACGCGGACUCAGCAGGAAACCUGCGAGAGGAGCGUGAUGAGGCACGGGCCCAACUGGCCCGCUGCCUACAGGGCGAGGAUGCAGCCCUCAAGGGCCCUGGAAAAACAGAUUGGCCUUUCAGAAAGCGACCGGAGACACCGGUGUGGCCCUUCCUGCUGGGUGGCAUCAGCCUGGUUUUGUUGGGUGCGGUUUGCCUGUGGCAGACGCGACGCCCGCCAGUUGCUACAGGUGGCAAGUUUCUCAGCAUAGAGCCAGACCUCCGAGUCCCUCUCCGAGGCAGAAGACAGGCGGCACAGACUGCGCAAGAGAUGCAACAUGGCUCUUGGGCGGACUUCUGCAGGCCUGUGGUGCUGCUGCGAGCGCUGCGCAGCCGCCUGUCGCCGAUGAGGUGCCGUCCGAGCGAGAUACUCGAAGCCUGCCGGCGGAAAGCCUGGAGGCUCGUGCCAAGCAUGCCUGGGGCCACUCAAAACUGCCAAUGCAGUGGGAGGAUUGGCGACAUCAGUGCAAAGCUGGGCGCCUUUGCAGCUCCAGCGAGGGCGCUGGUCUCCGGAUGCUCGAGUUGUGCGGCGAAGAUGAGGAAGAUAUUGCGCGGGUUUUGGAGAAGUGACGAUUGGGAUCUUGAUGAAGAGCCCGGGUUGGAAACGCCGGUUCUUUGGCGCCAGAGGGCACAGUCCGCGCGGCAAGCCCUGCAGAAGGCCCAGGCGCAGCUGGAGCGCUGCCUGGCGGAGGCCGCGCAGCGCGUGGAGGAGACCCGAAAGAAGGCCGAGGCCGCCGAGGCGGAGAAUCUUCGCUUGGCGAAGCAGCUGGCAGAGUGGAAAAGUCGGGCCGAAGCCGCCGAGCAGCUCGCGCGGAAAUCGCGAGGGGAGGUGGAGGAGUUGAAGGCUUCCUUCAAGAAGGCGGAAGAGACGGCCAGCAAAGCCAGGCAGGAGCUGCAGAGCGCGCGGCGCCGCGCCGAGGUGGCCGAGACGAUCGCCGUGCGCACUGCGCGUGUGCGAGAUGUGCGAGGCGAGCGACAGUCCCAGGAGGAUCGCAGCACAUCUCGCACACGCAAGCUGGAUCUGGAGGCUGGAUCCCAACCUGGGACUCCACAUGCCUCACCAUCACCGCGUCCUUCGCUGACAAAGGCAUCAUCGCCUAGCACUUCAACAAAGGACAAGGCCGGUUCUCAGCCGGGCACCCCGCGACAAUCUGCUCAG